CAGGCAGUUCCCCUUUGGCACAAACAGGCUGGCAGCACAAGAGCCAUGUGUUUUAGUUCCAUGCUUUGAAGGACUCAAAAAAAACUUUUCAGAACUGUUUCAGAAAAAAAAAAAAAAAACUUUGUGUAGCAGAGAGAGAGAGAGAGAGGAAAGAGAGGGUGUUGAAAGAGAGUGUAAGAGUAAGAGAGAGAGAUGGGGAGCAGAAGGAGCCACAGACAAAAACAAGUUGUCUUCCAUGUGAUCACUUGAUCUCACUUGUUGGAGGAUAUCCUUGUCUGAAAUUUUUUGGGGGAGAUUGCGCAAGAGACAACAACAACAACAGAGCCUCUCCCCACUCGUUGUUUCCCAUUACGCCGCCAAAGAAGACAGCUUUUUCAGAAAUGCACCGUGAGGAGCUGUCAGCCCGAGAAGAGUUCACCUACAGCCACAUGUCCACCCUGGAGAGGGCUGCAAGUGGCGGCGGCGGUGGGACGCUGGGCCGACGGGGGGACAGGGGAGCAGAGAGGAGGCCAGACAGGGGGGAACGGGACAGGCCCGAGCGGGACAGUUACACAGUGGACGUGAGGGCCAGUGACCUGCAGCUGGCGCAGCCGGAGCCUCUAAAGCACCCCUGCUUCAGCUACAGGGCCUGGCUCUACAGUGUCCUCAUAGGGGGCAGUCUACUCAUCACAUCUGGUUUUUCCCUGUAUCUUGGAAAUGUAUUUCCUGUUGCUAUGGACUACCUUCGCUGUGCUGCUGGCUCUGGUCUCCCUGCAGCGAUAGCUAGUUUUGCUAUUGCCAAGAACAGACAUGUUGCUGUGUCAGAUUUCCAGGUGGUCUACGUGUCAACAUUUGCAGUGACGACCACCUGCCUGGUUUGGUUUGGAUGUAAACUGGUCUUAAACCCAUCUGCUGUUAAUAUCAACUUUAACCUCAUACUGAUGAUUUUGCUGGAGGUGCUGAUGGCGAGCACUGUCAUCCUGUCUGCUCGCUCUGCAGAAGACUGCUGCUGCCACAGGAAGUCGGGGGCGUAUGAAAGACCUGUGGUUAUAACGCCUGCAGUGUUUCCUACCAGACUCCUCAAAGCAUAUUCUGUGAUUGAGGUCAUCGUGGGAAUCUCUGCUGUAUUUGGAGGUAUUAUCGCGCUCAACAUGGAUGCUUUGCUGCCUGGGCCCUACUUGUCUGUCACAUUCUUCUGGAUACUUGUAGCUUGUUUUCCCAGUGCCAUUGCCAGUCAUGUUGUGUCAGAAUACCCCAACAAGUGUCUGGUGGAGGUGCUCAUCGCCAUCAGCAGUGUGACGUCUCCCCUGCUCUUUUCAGCCUCCGGCUUCCUCUCUUGCAGUGUGAUUAGUUUUGUUGAAAUUUUCCUGCAUGAUGUACCCACAGCCAAGCAAUCAUAUGACAUCCUGCUGCUGAUUCUGAUGGUGCUGUUGCUGGUGCAGGCAAUUCUGACUUCGGCCACUGUGGUGCACUGUGCUGGCUAUAAGAGUCAGCUCCGAAUGGGGCUAGAGUCUGAGGAGAUGCACAGCACUACCCACUACUAUGAGCAGCAAGCAUCCAACGGAACGCUGCAGGAUUUUGACAAAGACAGAGCCUGGAAGGCAGUUGUGGUGCAAAUGGCCCAAUAAGCAGCUCUAUAGUAAACAGGGAAGUUUGAUGAGAAAUGAGAAAAUGGAGGAGAUGCAAGAAAGCACAUUAAUCUUCAAAGCAGAAGAGUACAAUCGUGAACAUUAGGAGAAUGAACAAAAAGCUGUUGAGAGUGAGGUGCAUUUAAGGAAUCAUGAGGGGGAAGAUAAGCAUGUGAGCACAUAAAUGCCUUUUUAUUUGAUGUAGAUAUUUGUAAGGAUUUCAGCACUUUGCUAUGAUGCCUUUUUUGUGGUUUAUAUAACCGUUACCUGCUUAUACUGAGAAGAAUCCGGCUCACUUAUUGUACUUUGGAAAGCACAACUUAGAUUUAAAAAUAGGUACAAUAAUCAUCUGAGCUAAUAUAAAGCAUAGGAUUAAACAGAGAUUUCUAGUUUUGACAAAUGUAGUAUGGAGUAAAUAGAUGACGCCAUUUUGUCAGCAGCAUUUUUAUAGUUCUAUGAAAACAAUCAGUUCAUCUCAGACUGUAUUUAAGCACAUCCAGCCCACUGUUUUUGUUAUUUGUAUUUUUUUAAUGAAUCAAAUCUGUUAUUUCAUUGUGAAUUGUAUUGAAUGACAACAAAUAAAAUCAUCAAACAAGCCUUAAGUUAAAACCAGAGGCAGACUAUAGUUUCUUUUUGAAUGUUAACCAUAAUUUUAGCACUUUUUACAACUGUAAUAAAGCUUGUUGAGUAGAA